UUUCUCUAUCUUUCAUUCACGCGCCGUUGUGCUGCGGAUACUAAAAACGAUAAGAUGGAUAGCAAUGAAAUAAGCGUACAAUGACCAGGGAGCAAUUUAAAUGUUUAGUUUCUUAAAUGAAGGAGCAUCCGGACAUAGCAAAAAAUUUACUAAAAAUGCACCUGAUUUGGUAGAAAGAUUUUGGGAAAGUGUGUGAGAGGAGUUGAAUUCGAUUGGACCGCCAUCAAAAACCAUUGCCGAAUGGAAAAAGUUUGGUCGGACUAUAAGUCGGCGAUAAAGAAGAAGCUCGCGCAUAACAACAGAGAGCUACAUGCGACUGGUGGAGGAGAAAAUAGUGAAAUUCCCUUAACAUCUAGGGAAGAAGUUGCUACCCUUGUGUGUCUGAAUGAUUGCGUUGGUGGUAUUAGAAGCUCCAAACAGUUUGGAGUGCCACAGGGGAUAAAUUAUGAUGACGCAGCUCCAUCUACAUCGAGAAAUGUUCCACAGAUGAGAGCUUCUGCUACGAGAGAUGUACCGCAGGAGAGAAUAUCUGAGGACACUUCUCCACCUACUCGGAGAGAUUACGAUGGUAUUGAAGCUCAUGAAGACGUAAAUAUUGAGAAUGACCAAAAUAUUUCUAACCAAAGAAGAAAAAAGAGACCCGAGCAAUUCGAUUUAUUAGAGAAGCAAAUAGGGGUUCAAGAAAGACUAUACGAAAAAGUGUCUGAGAGUGUUGAGAACCAACAGGAAUAUUUUCAACACAUGAGGGACCAUUUAAAAAGACUUAAUAGAUCGGUAGAGAGGCCAGGCGACCAAAAAAAGAAAAAUACUGAAAUUCUUCAGAAUACUCUUGAAGAGAUUAAAAGACAUAACGCUGUGAUGGAAAAGGCUGCUAUAGAAAAAUUAAGAUUAAAAAGGGAACUUUUAAAUAUUGAGUUAAAUAACGUCAACAGGCACCUUAAUUCUUAAAAUAAGUGGGACUUGACAAUUUUUUUAUGAGAUUUGUUUUUAUUUUAUAUUGGAUUUUUUUUUUAUAACUGUAGUGCCAGAAUGCUUUCUGAAAAAGAAGGCUUUAUUAUUUAAGUUUUUUUCUGUUUUUUACUGUGUAUGUAAAUCAAUGAAGUGAUAUGAUUUUAUUUUUAUCUA